AUGAUGGAAACACUGCGCUCUUCCACUGCGACGUGCCUUUCGACCGUCAAUACUGGCAAUGUCGCAAAAACACAACCCACAUAUACCACAGCCGGGACUAUCUACAACCCAAGCACCGCGCAACCGCUUCAAGCUCCUUUUCGCCGCGGCCGAUUGUCCAAGUGGCCUGCGGGCGGCUACCAGACCGACCUGAGUCUGCUCCCCAAGUCAUUCUUAGCCGCUCUGCCGCUGCCCAACUGCUCUCCCAUCAGAACAAACCCCGAGCAGUACUCGCCCUUGCAGCAAAAUUACGACCGCGCUGUCAACCCGACUCUGUUCAAUGACACAGACCAUACCAUGGCCAAGGUCUAUCCGCAGAAGCUGUCCUUUGACUGCGAGCUACCCUCGGUCACUGCACCAUCUCGCGACGUCGAAGUGAGCGAUGACGGCGGCGAGAGAUCUACGCUUCUGUACGAGAGUGACGAGAGUAACACUGAUGACGAGUUUAUCAACAUGGAUCCCUUGGCUGGCAUGACAUUCAAGUCUCUCCAGAAUCUGGCUUCCUAUCCCAAUCCUAGCCAGAAGAGAGCUCGCAAGGCGCUGCAGGGCGUGAAGCCAGCCAGCCUCAACAUUGGCGCGCAGGGUCAUCUCAAUUCGUCUCCCAAAAAGGCUGACUUGGGCUCAAUUGGAUCGCCCAAAAAGGCAAACAACAUGGCGGAGCCGUGUCCCUUUGACGGCCCGGACGAUGUCGCAAACAGUUACAACCACAAACAAUCCACGUCAGGGUUCCAAGAAGGCUCCGGAGUUCCUCGACCUCUGACUGCCGGGCCUCCUGGUCAACGUCAGUAUCGCGCUUCCACGUUUGAGUCCACUCUCAAGGCUCUCCAAACCCGGGCACAGAGGCAAACUCUCGGUGUUGAGUGGGACAGCGGCAACAAUAGUCACCGUCCCUCCAGCCUCCUGCGGGAUACCGAAGAUGAUUGGGAUCCUUCCACGGGCCGUUCCGUUACGCCAUGCCCUGUCUUUGAUUCAAAGAGCCCGACUGUGCAAUCAGUAGCCACCAGCACGCUCUAUGAUUAUUCGUUGCACAAGCCUGAGUAUGGCUACAGCUUGAACCCUACUCACCACCUCGAAAACCAUAGACAGAUCAUGGCAGCACACGGAGAAGCUGACCAGACGCUGUCUUAUCCAGAGACACCUAUCAUUGGCGACUCUCGACUGGUAUCCGCCACGAGUUACCCCAGUGUCACAAGUAUCCAGGCGCGCAAAGAGCUGACGGACACCUACUGGUAUGCUGGAUCUGGCUUCAUGAGCAAGUCCACCGCAGAGGCAGUCGUCGACGCCCGCUUCCGUCGACUUGAGCACUCCUUUGGAGUGAUUGGCGAUAGACGACCUGGUAAAGCUGAGAACCAGCAUCUCCCCAUCAGCGUUGAUGAGGCCAACAAGAUGCCAGUUUCUGAUCACGCGCAGCCGCUUCUCAACGCCGCCUUCCAGACGUUGCUGGAGUGGCGCGAGCACCAAUGCAGCAACCAACAGUCUGCUCGCCCGGAACAACAUGAGAACAGCUCAUAG